UCAUUUUUUAACGUUGAUUGUUAACAAUUAUUUAUUGCCUGAUCUGACCCAAUAUAUUGGGUUAGCAAAAAAGUGCCUUUUUGCCUACUUACAUUCAUAUUUACCUAUCAAUUUCUCUCUGUUAAUUGUUGCCUUUUCCUCGUCACUUUUUUUUUUGUUAUUGUUAAUGAUUACUUAAUUAGUUGGCCUGCAUUUUAGCUGUUCAAAAUAAAAUAUGCCUCUCUAUUAGUAUUUUUUCCUUGAACAAAAUCUUUUUUUUCGUAUAUUUGUCUAAAGAGUUGCACUUUCCGUUGCUGGCAUAGAUUUUUGCAAUCUACUUUCUGCGCAUCUUAAUCGAAUACAUCCUCAGCCAUCACUUCUGAUUACUUCCAUUUGGUGGAGAGUUGUAUUUGAUGGGAAAGUUGGUACCUCUAUUUUACUAAACUACCCAGCCUUUAUCUUUCCGUUUGCUCAGUUUCUCUUUUUUCCUUAUUUCCUGCUCAUGGACAUAUUUGUAAAAAUGAAGUGACCGUCAUUGUUGCCUUUUGCCAAACAUCACCUUUCAGCCUUGCUCUGUUCAGGGAUAAUCCGGUGUUUUCCCUUUAUACAGUGGUUGUUACCAUUACCUGGUUUGUUCUAGCAGAACCUCGGCGGCUUACCAUCAUGAUCGGCGGUAUAUCUACAGCUGUUGCAUCCUCCCUUCUAAUCCCUUUCGGCUGUUUUUUUUCUAGACAGAAUAGAGUUUGCAAAGUUGCUAUCUCUGCUGUUUUGCUGCUUUUGUAUGCUCGAUUUUAUCGUGGUACCGCCUGCUUUUCUCUGAUUCUGCCCCGAAGCUUUUUUUGCAGCCAGACAGGGAUAUCCAGAUCAUUCCUUACGGGUCCGACUAAUCUCCUGCGGCCCGAAAGCGAAGGCCUCACGCUUCCGAACACGACAACUACGGGACUCGAACCCUGGAUACCAAGUAAGUGGCCAUAACCCAACUGGGUGGAGCGCACAAUCCGAGCUACUCCGCGGGGCUGGUUUCAUAUAUGUAAGGCUAGUAAUAUUGUUAA